UACCCUGAACUGCUGCCGAUUUCCGGCAGCCUCUCGCUUCCGCACUCCUCGGUCACCCUACACAAGACCACUGCUGCACACCACGAGCAGGAUACACAGUUCAGCGAACCACCUUCUAACGGCUUGCCUGGUUUCUCAAUAAAGACAGCCUGGGGAGGGGGAAGGAGGAGGAUUGAGCAUUGCCCACCAGGUGUUUAUGAAUUGUUCCGAAAGAGAAGAAUAUCUGUUCUGAAUUGAUUAAAAAACGAAGGAAACUAUACAAUUACCUUGAACCCAAGUGAGUUCAUAUGGCGAAUAGCAAGUAUGAGUAUGUGAAGUCAUUUGAAGUUCAAGAUGAAAUCAUGCUUCCAAACAUCAUUGUUGUCCGAGUGGAUGGCCGUGAUUUUAACCGAUUUUCUGAAGUGCAUGAGUUUGAAAAACCAAAUGAUGAGAGAGCUCUGAAUUUGAUGAAUGCCUGUGCAUUUGCGGUUCUGGAGGAGUUUCCAGAUAUAAUCUUUGCAUAUGGAUUUAGUGAUGAAUACAGUUUCAUAUUCAAGAAAGACACCAAAUUUUACCAGAGGCGAGCCAGCAAAAUAAAUUCCCUUGUUGUAUCUUUCUUCACAUCUGUUUACGUCACCAAAUGGAAGGAAUUCUCUCUUCAGAAGGAUUUGAUGUUCCAUCCUUCAUUCAAAUCACGAGUUAUCUGCUGUGCAACAAUGGAAGUUCUUCAAACAUAUAUCUUGUGGAGACAAAGGGCUUGUCAUUUAGAAAACCUAUUUAAUACUUGUUUCUGGAAGCUGAUUGGAUGCGGAAAGUCUCAAAAGGAAGCAAAGGAAAUGUUGGAGGGAACUCAAAAACAGGAGAAAAACGAGAUACUUUUUCAACAGUUUGGAGUUAACUACAAGGAUCUUCCUAGUAUUUUUCGUCAAGGAUCAUGUGCUUUUAAGACAGAGGUUGAGGAUAUUGUGAAGUACAAGGAAAAUGGUGCUCCUGUAAAAAGAUUGAGGAAGAAGAUAACACUAACUCAUUCAGAAAAUGUAGCAGGAAGAAGCUUCUGGAAUGUGCAUCCAUGUCUUUGUAAGGAGCUGGGGCAUUUCGAAGGGGACAUUAGCAAAAUCAAUCCUGAGUAUAUCAAAUCAUUCCAAUUUGAGAAUAAUUUGAUGCCAUCUACUUGGAUUGUCAUUCGUGUUGACGGUUGCCAUUUUCAUAGAUUUUCCGAAGUUCAUGAAUUUGAGAAGCCAAAUGAUGAGCAUGCCCUGAAUCUUAUGAAUUCAUGUGCAGUGGCUGUGGUGGAGGAGUUUAAUGAUGUUGUCUUCUCUUAUGGGGUGAGUGAUGAGUACAGCUUUGUUCUAAAGAAGAACUCGUGCUUCUAUGAAAGGCAUGCAAGUGAAAUAGUGUCUGCAAUUGUAUCUUUCUUCUCUUCAGUGUAUGUUAUGAAAUGGAAGUUGUACUUUGCACAAAAAGAAAUGAAAUACCCACCAUAUUUUGAUGGACGAGCUGUUUGUUAUCCAUCCAUCGACAUCCUUCAAGAUUAUCUGGCAUGGAGACAAGUUGAUUGCCACAUCAAUAAUCAGUAUAACACUUGCUUUUGGAUGCUUGUCAAGUCUGGCAAGAGCAAAAGUGAAGCCCAAAACUGUUUAAAGGGUACUCAAACUCAAGAGAAAAAUGGGCUGCUCAGCUGCCAAUUUGGCAUUGAUUACAACACAUUACCAACCAUGUUCCGCCAGGGGUCCUCUGUCUUCUGGGACAAGGAGAGUAAGACCUUACUGAGCAAUGACGAAGUGGUUGAGAAGUUUCGCAAGAAAAUUGUUGUUGAACACUGCAAUAUAAUUGAAAAAAGCUUUUGGAAAGCACACCCGAGUAUACUUGAAGAGGACAACAGAUGAUGUUAUUUUGUAUAAUUUAAUUUUGUCUAGUUUGUUUUCUUCCCGCAAUUCUUUGUUUUUCUUUUUUCCCCCUCUUUUUUGGGGUAAAUUGCACAAAUAGUCCUCCUGUACUAAAACAUAUAGGAAGUCCUCGAACCUUUAUUGGUGCCUAUCGAGCUUCCCUAUCUAUUUUGAAGCUG